AGUAUGGUAAACACUAAACACCACGCAUAGAGCUUCGAUUGGUUUGGGAAGAUGUCCAGCGAAAACCAAUAACCAAUCUACCAAUCUUAGCAUUUUUUUUAGGGAUAGUAAACCAAUUUUGCACAAUAGAUAAGCUUCUCUUUGAUCAGGCUGAAAUUCAUCAGUAGGCGCCCUGAUUCUGCCUGUAUAUGUGAUCAAACAUUUUCCCAGUGCUUUAUCAUGCCAAGGGAUAGAAAGUUAUGUGGUUUGCCUCUAGGCAUGUCUUUGCUUCUUUGAAUUAGUGAAAUGGAAAGGAGAAGACCAAUAGAUGACCAUGAACCAGGACCAGUUCCUUCGCAAAGACCCGUGGACAGAUUUGGGUUUAUAAAGCAGGAUGUUAGUAACACUCCAGAUGGUUUAGUGAAGAGUAGGUUAGCCGUUGAAUAUGAGAGGGAAGCUAGAAGGGUUAGAAAAUGGAGAAAAAUGAUUGGGGUUGGUGGGAGUGAUUGGAAACACUAUGCUAGGAGAAAGCCUCAUGUGGUCAAAAGGCGUAUAAGGAAAGGAAUUCCUGAUUGUUUAAGGGGUCUGGUUUGGCAGUUGAUCUCAGGAAGUCGGGACCUUUUGCUGAUGAACCCUGGGGUUUAUGAGCAACUUGUAAUAUAUGAGACCUCAGCUUCAGAACUAGAUAUAAUUCGGGAUAUAUCUCGCACCUUUCCAUCACAUGUUUUCUUUCAGCAGAGACAUGGACCUGGUCAAAGGUCCCUUUACAAUGUUUUGAAGGCAUACUCCGUCUUCGAUAGAGAUGUUGGCUAUGUCCAGGGAAUGGGUUUUUUAGCAGGUCUUUUGCUUCUUUAUAUGAGUGAAGAGGAUGCAUUUUGGUUAUUGGUUGCAUUACUGAAAGGAGCUGUUCAUGCUCCUAUGGAAGGAUUAUAUCAGGUGGGGCUGCCUCUUGUACAACAAUACCUGUUUCAAUUUGAACAAUUGGUGAGGGAGCACUUGCCAAAGCUGGGUGAGCAUUUUAGCCAGGAGAUGAUAAAUCCAAGCAUGUAUGCUAGCCAGUGGUUCAUAACUGUAUUCUCAUACUCAUUCCCGUUCCCUUUGGCUCUUCGAAUUUGGGAUGUCUUUCUCUAUGAGGGUGUCAAGAUUGUCUUUAAAGUUGGUUUGGCACUUUUAAAAUAUUGCCAUGAUGACUUGAUAAAGUUAUCCUUUGAGAAACUCAUUCAUGCUUUGCGUAACUUCCCUGAGGAUGCAAUGGAUCCGGAUACGUUGCUGCCUAUGGCUUAUUCAAUCAAGGUAUCCAGAAGCUUAGAAGAAUCAAAAAAUGAGUAUGAGAAGAAAAAUGGAAAGCUUAUGCAAUCUACAGAAUUUAUCAGGAAGCAGAAACAACUGCAAUGAAGGUUUGCUCAUCUAAGGGCGGGCUAAGCUGCCAGUCAACAUGUACAUUCUUAUUCUUACCAUUAUUUUCCAUUUCUUGCCAUGGCCACUCGAGUGUGUUAAGAUGCAUAUGCCGAACACUGACUUCUUGACAGACUGAUUGUUCAUUCUCUCCUCUUGUUGGCGAAGCAAUUACACUCAAUUGCUUUCGCUUUCAGGAGUUGAUGUGCUUAAGAAAGUCCACAGAUUCAUGCCGUAUGUGCUAAAUCUUUUCAGACUGUAGAAACAGCUGUGGUGACUUAUAAACCAUCUUUGGAUACAAUGAUGGAACUUUGUGAUUAUUGUGUGAAAAAAAAAGGAAAAAAGGAAAAUAAAAAGAAGGAACUCAACUCAACUCAGAGAAAUGUAUAUAUAUAUUGUUUUGUUUUGUCCAGGCACUAGUUUCUAAUGAGUACCUUGUCUUCA